GAAAGUGGUUGAACAACAUUUCAGGCAGAAGUUACUCCAUGUCGACCCUGCACUAAAAACCGUACAAUAUCGCUAACGUUGUCGACCAAGUGGUUUCACAGCAGUGAAAUAACAAAACGAGACGAGAUGGGACAACUUAUUCUGCCCUUGUGUCUACUGGCUACCCUGGCGGUAACUUUGGUCCAGAGGACUGGCUCGGCUGCUGUUGGCAACGGUCGGGGAUUAGUGUGCCCAUCCUCGUACAUCAAGCGUCCCGGUGGCAUCUGCCUUAAGCUGCACAAAAAGACGCUUUCCUAUCCUGCCGCAAAAGCCAGCUGCGCCAGAGACGGGGCGGAACUCUUCACCAUCCGCAGCCAGGCUGACAACGAAUGGGUAGUCAAAGUUCUCAAGUACUGGCAACGUCGCACAGGGAAAAAGCGCGAUGUCUGGAUUGGUCUGACGGAUGUAGUCGCAGAAGGGACAUUCGUGUGGGAGGACGGCCCUGCAUUUGAUACAACCGGCUACUCCAACUGGGCUGAAGGCGCUCACGACGUUAACAACGGAUUUCGUGAUUGUGUCUUCUUGAACAAGCGUCUAGGUUGGCGGUGGUCCAUCCAGAAAUGUGAGGGAAAAUGGGAGAGAGAUGCCGGGCCAAAUUCCUACAUCUGCGCCAAAAACGCAGUCCCAUAAGAACGUGUUUUUAAAAGAUAUGUAGAAAUUUGUCAGCAGCCACGUAGGUCAAAGUUGACGCUGCUAAUGGCUGAACUCGGAACAUUUUCGCUAUAUGUAACCGAUGUAGGUGGCGCUUUUGCGACGAACCCACAAUCCCAAACAUGGCUAAGUUUGUACCCCUCUCUUUGUGUCAUUAGCACAUAAUUCACAUGGAUGUUUUGUUCUUGUGAAUAUUUUCAAUUUUGGGAACAAAGUGUUCAUAGAGUAGCUUUAAGUUUGUUUCUGUUCCUUUUAUCUCGAUUAGUCAAACGUUAUCAGCACAAAGGUAUUGACACACAGCCGUAAGUUUUAAUUUCAUUGUUUAAUG